ACAAAACAUGUACAAAGGAAUCUUAAAUACAUGAAAGAGGUUUCAUAAAUUUCUAGUUUUUCAUCAUGCACCAAACAGACCACAGAUUCCCGUGACACUUUAAUCUGCACAAAAAAUAAAACCUCUCCCAACAACUUUGUUAUUUGCAUUACGUCUCCCCCCACCCCCACAUGCCAUCACUUCUCUCUCUCUCUCUCUCUCUCUCUCUCUCUCUCUCUCUCUCUCUCUCUCUCUCUCUCAGUUUCUCUCUCUUCUUUCCUGUAGCAGGUCUGUUUUCCGAGCAUAGUAAGUAAUAAUCUGCCAAACUAAGCCUCUGCUACACUCUAGCACCCUACUCUCUCAUUUUCACCUAUUCAACUAGCAAUUAUUGUGGUGUUACAUAAAAAGGUCUCCAAUUUCACUUCAUAAUGCCAACUUCAUCUUCAUUUUUGAGACAGUUAAGUGCUAAGGAAACUUGGAAAUCAACAUCCAGCAGGUGGAGUGGAAAAAACACCUACAACAACACUUCGGGAGUGACUUGUAGUGAUUUUGAAACUAAUCUGAACCAAAUGGAAGGGUUUAACAUAAACAUGUAUGGAAAUGAAGAGAGUAGUGGCAUGAUGGUGAGGAAAAGAGUCAUGGUUGUUGUGGAUGGAUCUUCACAUUCUAAACAUGCUAUGAUUUGGGCACUUACUCAUGUUGUUAAUAAGGGUGAUUUGUUCACUUUGCUUCACAUUGUUUCUCCUCAAAGGGCUCAUUCUGAAUCUUAUUCUUCUGCUUAUCUUGUUAAUCAUCUUGGGUCACUUUGCAAAGAUUGCAAGCCAGAGGUGGAAGUGGAAGCACUUGUAAUUCAAGGACCAAAACUUGACACAGUGAUGAGCCAGGUCAAGAAAUUGGAAGUCUCUAUCCUGGUACUAGGCCAAAAGAAGCCACCUUCCCUCUUAAGCUGUCUGUGUGGAAGUAGCAGCUGCAGUAGCACAGAAGAGUUUGUGGAGUACUGUAUCAAUAAUGCAGAGUGCUUGACAAUAGGAGUAAGGAAGAGAAGCCAGGGCAAUAAUGGCUACCUUAUCAGCACCAGGUGGCAGAAGAACUUCUGGCUUUUGGCUUAGAUUAUAGUUUAUCAUCUGCUAGUAAUAGUUUUAGAUCUCAUUAGAGUGAUAAAUGGGGAAAUAAAUUAACCUUCAUAUUUCUAUUGUUAUCUACUAUAAUCUAUCUCACUUUGUAACUAAUUCUGACUUGUGUAUCGAAACUUUACUAAUGUAAUAAGUCUUGUCA